AUGACUCAAUCCAGUCUCGUAGGGAGAGAAUAUCGAGGUUAUCGAUCUAAUGGAGGAAGCAUCAUUGCGUAUGACGCUAAAAUUCCGGAAUUGGGCCCCAAAGAUGUUGUUGUUCGCAUCACUCACAGUGGUCUUUGCGCAAGUGAUGUAGCAAUGGUCAAACUUGGUGCUCCUGUUGCUCUAGGGCACGAAGGAGUAGGAAUCGUUGAACUGAUUGGCUCUGACGUGAAGCAGCUGAAGGUUGGAGAUCGGGUUGGUGGCGGAUACCAUCGAGAUGCCUGUGGCAGCUGCAAGUUCUGUCUCAAAGGCAAAGAUAUCUACUGCUAUGAUCGUAUUGUCUUGGGUGAAGGAGACUACGACAAUGGCACCUUUGGCCAAUUCUAUAUCGGCAAGGAGACGUUUUUGCACAAGAUUCCAGAUAACAUUCCCAGCGAGUACGCUGCUCCUCUCCAGUGUGCUGGUGUUACAGUGUACACUGCUCUCAGGGAGACGGUUGAGCCUGGCAUGCGAGUUGGUAUUUACGGAAUUGGUGGUCUUGGGCACCUUGCAAUCCAAUUCGCCGCCAAGAUGGGCACUGAAGUCGUUGUUUAUAGCACAUCGGCAGACAAAGAGCAGGAAGCACGCGCUUGGGGAGCCAGUGAAUUUCACCUUGUCAGUGCUAUGUACGACACCAUCAAAGCUCCAAUAGAUGUUUUGGUGAUUACUGGAAGCUAUUAUCCAGAUUUUGAAAGGGCCAUGACAAAAGAAUUCUUGUCAAGAAACGGCAUUAUCGUGCCGCUGACUGCUCCAAUGGGAGCUAUGAAUCUUAACACGCGCAAUAUGUUCUUCGAUGGGUAUCGCGUACAUGCAAGUCUAGUUGGUUCUAGGGCAAUGCAUGCUGAGACGCUCGAGUUUGCAGCCAAAAACGACAUUAAACCUCUGAUUCAAGUCACCAAACUCGAAAAUCUUGGCUCUCUCCAAAAAGCCAUCAGUGACCUGGGAGCAAAUGCGAUACGGUAUAGAGCUGUGUUUGAGAUAUAG